GGUUGAACUUGCAGAGAUGGCUGAACAAGAACCCACCCCUGAGCAGCUGGCCCAAAUUGCAGCUGAAAAUGAGGAGGAUGAGCACUCUGUCAAUUACAAGCCCCCUGCCCAGAAGAGCAUCCAGGAGAUCCAAGAACUAGACAAAGAUGAUGAGAGUUUGCGCAAGUACAAAGAGGCCCUGCUUGGAAAUGUAGCCAUUGCUGCUGACCCCAGUGCUCCAAACGUGGUGGUAACAAAACUGACUCUGGUUUGUGCCAGUGCCCCUGGCCCGUUGGAGCUGGAUCUCAAAGGUGACUUGGAGAGUUUCAAGAAGCAGUCAUUUGUGCUAAAGGAGGGUGUGGAGUACCGGAUAAAGAUCUCCUUUCUGGUGAACAAGGAGAUCGUUUCAGGUUUGAAGUACAUUCAGCACACAUUCAGAAAAGGAGUAAAAAUUGACAAGACUGAUUACAUGGUUGGGAGUUACGGGCCACGUGCUGAAGAGUAUGAGUUCUUAACCCCUAUGGAGGAAGCCCCCAAGGGUAUGCUGGCCCGGGGCAGCUACAACAUCAAAUCGAAAUUUACAGAUGAUGACAAGACAGACCAUCUGUCCUGGGAGUGGAACCUGACCAUCAAGAAGGAGUGGAAGGAUUAGUCCUUCUAAUGCCAAAUCCCAAGAAUUGCUCAGACAGUGGCUACAGUAGAAACCCCACCCUGUACCAAAGUGCUGGCAUUGGAUACCCUUCCCCUUCCCCUUUUAGCUCACCAGGAAGACUUCUUGGCUCAAUGCCCCAUGUUCCCUCUGAGAAUCACUGAAAGAAAUUGACCAAACCUACCCUGUCUGUCCCUGAGCACAGAGGCAGGCGUGCUUCAUGGCCUCCUCCUGGGCUUAUUUCACUGCUGCUUUUAACCCACUGGAAUAUACUUCAGGCAGGUUCUAAAAGGAAAGCAAUGCUCCUGCUUGUUGGGGAGAGAGAGGAUUUGGAGGCAUUCCUGUCUCUGGGCAAGAGGUGAAGUACUUGAGGAAUCAUGAUUCCAUGCAGAGUUGGCAACUGCCUGCUUUCCCAAUUGUUUCCAGGCUCAAUCAUGUCCACAGCCUGCCUUCCCCCUUCCCUCGGUGGGGAGGGGGAGCACGGGCUGGCUUCCCAUUUGUGAUGGUUUCUGUAACCAUGAUGCCUUAAUGUGUGUGUAACAUACAUCCCCCAAGGAGGGGCCCCCGGACCUUGUUACACUUUUUAUAUGUGCUCCUAUCCCAUCCAUACACAUAUUCCCCUCCCUUCUGUUUUACAUCUUCUGACCAGACCAUAAUCCUGCUGAUGCUGAAUUCUCCAAGGUCUUAAGCAGGGUUCAGGCUGCUACACUUAACAGGCUCCCCAAGGCCAGGGAAGCAUUUGCUUCCAGCUAGGGGGAAUAGGCUUAGUAGUAGUGCCACCGUCAUCUCCUUGUUAGUUCUCUCACACCCCAAUUUGUUGCAAAGCACUGAAGUCCCUGGGGGCAACCUCUGGAUUUCAGGGCUGGAAGAUGGAUUGGCCUAGCUCAGCAGUUCCUCAUCUGAUCUGAACAAAGAGCUUGCAAUGGACAAAUGCUCAAGAGCAGUGAAUGCCUUAUGUAUCUGUUCUGCCUUUGAAAUUGUGUGCCUGGCCUGUCAGUAUUUAUUAUUGCCUUGAUUAGAUUCCUUUUUUUCAUGGUACCUGAGCAGCCCCAGCAAAACCCCAGUGACCUGGUGGUGGAAAAAGCAGGAGGUUUGCAGGGUCCAAAAUCUCUGCUUACCAGGCAGGCAUGUUCCAGCUCAGCAGUCCGGCUCAGUGGGCUGCUUUUGAGUCCCAAAGUUGUGCUAGAACUGGGACCAAGUAUGUGGUUCUUUCAUAGCGAUGUCUCUGCCCCUACAUCUUCCUCCCUGCUCCUUUCCUUAGAGGAGAUUUUUGUUUGAUUUGGCGCAUUUUUGUCUGUAAAUCUUAGAUAGGGUUUAACAGAUUUGGAAUCAUCAGCUUCCCCUUCUGACAAAAUAAAAUCUUGAAACUGA